GCUGAUCACAGUUGCUCCACCCUCUGAUCUUCUUGUCUUCGUGGAAAGCCCUGAAGCCAACAUGGAACAUCAGUCACUGACAAUUCCCAUCUAUCAGCUUAUUCGUGAUUCUCAGCAGAUGGUGUGGAUCCUGAAAGGAAAUUCUUUAAUAGCCGUUCCUUUUAGCAACAAUGUCAAACCUGUCUCUCUUUCCAUGAUAGCAUGUAGAGAUGCAGGAAUCUAUGAUGAAAAGAAAGGUACUCCAUUUUACCUGGGAGUCAAGGACCAAAAUCUCUGUCUCUACUGCACAGAAAUCUGGGGCCAGCCUACUUUGCAGCUUAAGGAGAAAGAUAUCAUGAACCUAUACUUUGAGGCCAAAGGGCAGCCACCCUUUCUCUUUUUCCACAUCGAGGAGGGGUCCACCUUCGUCUUUCAGUCAUUCUCCUGCCCUGGAUGGUUCAUAUCUACCUCCUCCACGGUGGGACAGUCUGUCACUCUCACCAAGCAGAGGGGCCAAACCCAAAGCACGAACUUCUAUUUAGAAAAUGAAAACAAUAUCUAGCCUGGAUUCUGGUUGGCGGAGUGCAGGACAGAGGAUCAAGCAAUCAGAGAUUCUUCUGUUUCGAAACAUAGUAGGUCGUCUUAAGAGACCACCUUGAUGUCAUCAUCCAUUGUCCACCUCAUUCUCAUUACCCCAAAGCCAUCUCUGCCUCCAGAUACCAUCUAGAUAUACUCCAGAUACACCAUGUCCUCCACUUGAACAUGAGACCUAAGAGUCACUUUCUAUUCCUUCUUGACCUUGUUCUACCACCCACCUAGAUGCCAAGUCCAGCUAAUUCAACACCUAACAAGGCUAAAUCCUAUAGCCUCUCUUCCUAUUUCUUCUGCUAACUCAUGGCCUAGAGAUGUGAAUUCUGAGCAUUUUU